AUGGCUCCUUCCCCGCUCCUGCUGCUCCUCGCACUUCUCCCCCGGGCUUUUCCGCUGCUGGAUACUAGCAUCUUCUUAAUAUAUAAUGAAGAUCACAAGCGCUGUGUACUUGCUCGAAGUUCAAAUUCAGUGACUACUGCUCCUUGCGUUCAAGAAAAUGAGUCACAAAAAUUCAGGUGGGUCUCAGAUCACCAGCUUAUGAGCAUAGCAUUCAAAUUGUGCUUGGGAGUGCCUUCGAAGAAAGACUGGGUUCCCAUCACUCUGUAUCCCUGUGACAAGGCUAGUGAACUGCAGCGAUGGGAAUGCAGAAAUGAGACCCUCUUUGCAAUCCAAGGGAAAGAUUUGUUUUUCAACUAUGGAAACAAUCAGGAAAGGAAUAUUAUGCUGUACAAGGGAUCUGGUAUAUGGAGUAGGUGGAAAGUCUACGGAACUACAGACGAUUUGUGUUCUCGAGGCUAUGAAGAUACCUACACAGUGAAAGGAAAUGCCAAUGGUGCACCUUGUGUAUUCCCUUUUAAGUUUGGUGGUAAAUGGUAUGCUGACUGCACAGAUGCUGGCAGAUCAGAUGGCUGGUUCUGGUGUGGAACCACUUCAAACUUUGAUGUUGACAAUAUGUAUGGAUUUUGCCCAUUGAAAUUUAAUAGCCUUGAUGUAUUGUGGAAUUCCGAUCCUUUAACAAAUGUCCAGUACCAGAUAAACUCUGAGGCAGCUCUGGAAUGGCAUCAGGCAAGAAAAAGCUGUCAACAACAGAAUGCAGAGUUAUUAAGCAUCACAGAGUUGCAUGAACAAACAUACCUGACUGGUCUGACUGGCAGGCUGAGUUCUGCUCUCUGGUUUGGUCUUAACAGUUUGAAUUUCAACAGUGGAUGGCAAUGGGUUGGUGGUGCUCCUUUCCGGUACUUAAACUGGGUUCCAGGACACCCUUCUCCAGAACCUGGAAAAAUUUGUGCAGCAUUAAAUCCUGGCAAAGGUGCUAAGUGGGAGAAUCGGGAAUGCAGUCAGAAACUUGGCUAUAUUUGUAAACGAGGAAAUGCUACUUUAGAAUCUUUCAUUAUUCCUACAGAGACUCAUGUACUUAUUAGAUGUCCUGAUCAAUGGAUGUCAUAUGCUGGUCACUGUUACAUAAUUCACAGGGACCCCAAAAUAUGGAAAGAUGCCUUAACAUCUUGCAGGAAAGAGGAUGGGGAUUUGGCAAGCAUCCAUAAUGUUGAAGAGUACAGCUUUGUUAUUUCUCAGCUUGGGUACCAGCCAGCUGAUGAGCUGUGGAUUGGGUUGAAUGACCUGAAGGUUCAGAUGUAUUUUGAAUGGAGUGAUGGAACACCUGUCAGCUACACCAAGUGGCUUCGUGGAGAACCCACUCAUGCAAACAACAAACAAGAGGACUGUGUUGUUAUGAAGGGAAAGGAUGGAUUUUGGGCAGAUCAUUCUUGUGAAAAGAAAAUUGGCUACAUCUGUAAGAGAAAACCCAUGUCAGAAGCUCCUAGAGAAGAGGAAACUAUAGACAUGGGCUGCCAAAGAGGUUGGAAAAGACAUGGCUUUUAUUGUUAUUUCAUUGGAAAUACAUUUGUAUCAUUUUCUGAAGCAAAUCAAACCUGUGUAAGGCAUCAGGCCUUUUUAGCAACUAUUGGAGACAGAUAUGAACAAGCCUAUCUGACUAGCCUGGUUGGGCUGAGAACAGAAAGAUACUUUUGGAUUGGACUUUCAGAUGUAGAAGAAAAGGGAACAUUCAUGUGGACUAAUGGUGAAUCUGUCUUAUUUACACACUGGAAUUCUGAAAUGCCUGGAAGAAAGCCAGGCUGCGUUGCCAUGAGGACUGGAAUUGCAGGUGGAUUAUGGGAUGUAAUAAAAUGUGAAGAAAAGACAAAGUUCCUGUGCAAAGUGUGGGCAGAGGGAGUGACACUUCCACCUCCUCCUACAACAACUCCUAUUCCCCGGUGUCCAGAAGGUUGGGACUCAAACAGUCGCAUUAGUUUGUGUUUUAAACCUUUUUCAAAAGGAGAGCAAAAGAAAACAUGGCUUGAAUCUCAAGAGUUUUGUCGAGCUAUAGGAGGAGAUCUGGCCUCUAUUAAUAGUAAAGAAGAACAGUACGUGAUAUGGCGUUCCAUUGCGAACAAUGGCUAUUACAACCAGCAUUUCUGGAUGGGCUUGUAUUACUUGAAUCCUGAUGAUGGCUUUGUUUGGAGUGAUGGAUCUCCUGUGAGGUAUGAAAACUGGGGCUUUGGAGAACCCAAUAAUUAUCAAGGAGUUGAACUUUGUGCAGAGAUCAGUGGUGAUUCCAGUAUGCUUUGGAAUGACAGGCAUUGUGAUUAUCUAUAUGGUUGGAUUUGCCAGAUAAGAAAAGGAGCAAGUGUAAAGCCAGAACCAACAGAAUCUCCUCUACCCCAAUACAUGACUACUGAGGAUGGAUGGAUUAUACAUGGAGACAAACACUAUUAUUUCAGCACCGAGAGUGUUCCUAUGGAAAAAGGUCGGGAAUUCUGCAAGAAGAACUUUGGAGACCUUGCUGUCAUUGAGAAUGAAAGUGAAAGAAAGUUCCUCUGGCGAUACAUCUUGAAAAAUGGCAAAACGGAUUCAUAUUUCAUUGGUUUACAACUGAGUGUUGACCAACGGACAAGCUGGAUGGAUGGCACUCCAGUGAAUUAUUUGGCAUGGGCACCACAUGAACCUAACUUUGCAAAUAACGAUGAAAACUGUGUAGUUAUGUAUAAAAAUUUAGGGCUUUGGAAUGAUAUAAACUGUGGUUAUCCGAAUCCCUACAUAUGUGAAAGGCACAACAGUUCCAUUAAUUCCACUGUUCCUCCAACAACAUUUUCAACUCCAAGAGGAUGUCGUCCAACUUGGCUUUCCUUUCGUGAUAAGUGUUACAAAAUAUUUGGAUCUACAGAAGAUGAACGUGUCACUUGGCAUGCUGCACGAACAGCUUGCAUGAAUUUAGGAGGAAACCUGGCCACUAUCCCUAAUGAACAAGUGCAAGCUUUCCUCACUUUCCAUAUGAAAGAUUUUGUUACUGAUACAUGGAUUGGAUUAAAUGAUAUAAACCAUGAAAUGAGGUUUCUCUGGACAGAUGGAACAGGAGUUUACUUCACCAGUUGGGCCAAAGGCUUCCCAUCAGGACGCAUGGAUUUAUACUCAUACGAUGGCCAGGCUGAUUGUGUUGUCAUGAGAAACAGUCCUGUUAAAGAAGCAGGGAAGUGGGCUGAUGAGAGUUGUGAUACCAGCAGAGGAUAUAUAUGCCAAAUUAAUGCAGAUGCUGAGUUUCUGCCUUCUACAAGUUCAUCCCCAUCCAGCAUUAUCCGUUAUGGUAACAGUAGUUAUUUGUUCAUCCAUACCAAAAUGCAAUGGGAGGAUGCACGAAAAAACUGCAAACGUGAUCAAUUUGACCUUUCCAGCAUCUUAGACCCCUACAGUCAUUCAUUCCUGUGGCUAAAGCUAUUAAAGUAUGGGGUGCCUUUGUGGAUUGGUCUAAACAGUAAUGUGACCAACGGGCGUUAUGAAUGGAUUGAUAACUGGAGAAUGAAAUAUACUAAAUGGGCUGAAGGGGAACCAAAACAGAAAUUGGGCUGUGUCUAUCUAGAUGUCUCUGGAGCCUGGAAGACAGGAUCCUGCAAUGAAAGUUACUUCUCUGUUUGCAAAAAACCUGAUGUUCAAGCUCCCACUGAGCCCCCUCAACUUCCAGGAAAGUGCCCUGAAUCAGAACAGAAGUCUUGGAUCCCUUUCCGAGGUCAUUGCUACUACAUUGAAUCUUCAUCUACAAGAAAUUGGGCCCAGGCAUCUUUAGAAUGUCUUCGACUAGGUGCUUCUUUGGUAUCAGUUGAAGACUCAGCUGAAGCCAACUUUCUGGCAUACACCAUUGAACCACUUGAAGAGAAAGUAUCAACAUUUUGGACAGGAAUGUACAGGAAUGUGGAUGGAGAAUGGCUGUGGCUAGACAACACUGCAGUGAGUUUUGUUAACUGGAAUGUAGGAGAACCUUCCCCUCAACAAAAUGAGCAUUGCGUUGAAAUUUACGCACACUCUGGGUACUGGAAUAAUAUCUACUGUUCUUCCUACAAAGGCUAUGUCUGUAAAAAGCCAAAAACAGUAGAAAUGCCACCAGCAGCUGAAAUGCCACCAACUGAAAUGCCUACAAAUGCAAUGACAAAGGAUGAGAAGGCUCCUACUUUGAACCAUGGUAAAACAGGUGUUGUAGUUAUUGUUGCCAUCCUCAUCCUAGCUGGAAGUGGCCUUGCAGGCUACUUCUUCUACAAGAGAAGGAAGAAUCGCUUGUCAACAAAUGACAGCUUUGAGAACAAUUUGUAUUUUAAUACUGAUACAGUUCCUGGAACUAGUGACACAAAGGAUCUUGUGACCAACAUAGAACAAAACGAACAUGCGACACUGUAAUGUAAUGAAAAAGAAAUGUAAUAUGUAUUGUAAAAUGUAAUGUAAUAAAGUAAAAUGUGCCUUGUUUUAAUAAAAAUAUG